CAAGCUGUUAAUUAACUCUGACCUGAAGGCUUUCAGCUCUCUGCCGGAGUUUUUCAGCUCUCUCGUCUUGACUCGCAGUGCGUUUUGGGGUUUUUGUUUUUUCCUGAGGAUGGUCACUUUCAGAAGACUUUAUCACAGGUUCUACCGCCUGGCAAAAGUUGCAGCACUAAAGCAAAACAGGAAAUAUGACAAAUGGUGCACUAUGGCCAGUGGCAUCGUGGUGCACAAUAAGAGCCAGGCAGUGUCAGAUGGAGAGUUGAACAUGUCUGCGCGUGGCUGUGGAGGCAGCAGCUCCAGCCUUCCAGGGACCCCAGGUGGAGAGACAGGCCCCGCCAACAGCGUGCUGAGCUGGGCUGUUUCGUUUGAGAAGCUGUUGGAGGAUCCCUCAGGGGUCCGUUAUUUUACGGCUUUCUUAAGGUCUGAGGUGAGUGCGGAGAACAUUUUAUUCUGGCAGGCUUGCGAAAGGUACAGGAAGAUUCCAGCCACCUCUUUGGACAAGCUAAAAGCGGAGGCUCGCACCAUCUACAAAACCUACCUGUCUGACAGCGCACCCGAAUCAGUUAACAUAGAUGACACUGCAAAGACAGAGGAGAAGGACCUGGAGCAGCCCACACCUGACAUGUUUAACAAGGCUCAAGCACAGAUAUUUAAGCUGAUGAAGAUGGACAGCUACAGGCGCUUCGUGCGCUCUCCUCUUUACCAGAACUGCACGUUGGCAAGCGUAGAAGGAAAACUUCUACCUCAGCUCUCUAAUGAGCCGGUCUUCGUGGGAUCUUGGGAGGACGUGUCCACCAGAAGCCCCUCACUCAGUGACAAGAAGAACAAGAAGUCAGACUCUAACAGCUUUCCAGGUGGCAAGAGUGCCUCAGAGAAACUGCGGCAGAAAAGAGGAUCCUGGGGAGAUGCAUCCAACGUCCAAGGUGCAGGCGCGAAGAAAGAGUCCCACAUGAGUGUCAAGUCAACCAGCAGUGUGGAGCUCGGCUCCCUCUACAGGCAGAUGGAGAAUGGCAAAUCGAGUCCACGGUCUCCAGAUCAGGGUGGAGGAGGUGGGAGUCGGAUAGGGGUGGAGGGGGGCUACUGCUGUGUCUACCUACCCGAUGGCAGCGCCUCCCUGGCCCCCACACGCAAUGGCCAACCCAUCAAAGACAUGCUGGCCAGCCUGUGUGAAAAGAGAGGCUUCCCGUUGAAAGAUGUCAUCAUCUACCUUCACGGGAAGGACAAGCAGCCCUUAUCGCUGGACCAGGACUGCUCCGUACUGAGAGAUCAGCAGGUCUCUCUAGAGCUCAGGGUGAAGUUUGUGCUGGAGAUUGCCUUCACUGGUAGGUCAAUGGGGAUCGUGGUGAAGUCCAGUAAGACACUGCAGGAUGCCCUCUCUACUGUGAUGCAAAAGCACCAGCUCAAGCCACAAGAGACCGUGGUCACCGUGGUUGAAAGCGACGAAGUUGUGAACAUGAGCAGCACAGUGUUCAGACUGGCCAAUAAGACGCUGCGACUUGACAAAGCCAAAGGAAAAGACCAGACUGUUUUUUCAAGAGGCAGUGGUUCUUCUGCAGCCACACAGGGAGGAGCAGCGAGUGGAGGUGGCGUGGAUGGUCGAUCGUCACUGCAGGCAGACAGAAUUAAGACUCAGCCCAAGCCGAGUAAGAACCGCGACAUGGAUGGGCUUCUGGACAUGCUGACGAGAGCUCAGUGCUGCAGGGUUGAUGACCAGCGAGGCCUUCUGACCAAAGAGCAGCUGGAGGUCCCUCUGUUCCUGCAGCUGCCCUCAGACCAGGGGCAGGACACGGAGGAAGAAGAGUCUAAUACAACCAGCUCUGCCACUGCGGAGUCCAAAGAGGAAUCGAAGGACAAGACGUCACAGACUUCAAGUCCGGCUGGGUCGACAGAGGCAACCCCUGACUCUGCUAAAUCAGAAUCCAAAGACUUGAGGGAAACAACGGUUUGAGAAGACUUUCACGUGCGGGAUUGGACAAAGACAUCGAAAACCAUAACGACCGUCUCGCCAACACGAUGUUGCCAAUCAUGUCAAAAGACAAAAACUCAUUUUAGUCCAAAAAUGGUUAAGCACUUUUUAUUACUGUUUACAAAUAAGCUCUGAGACAGCAGUGUGCUACCAUCUCUGCUACUAAGAAUUAGCCUUUUGAGGCAAUAUGGGAAGGAGAAGAGAGACCAUAGCAAGCAUUUAUAGUGUCAUUUCAAAACACUACACCUCCUUGUGGGAAAAAUGUUUGCUAUGAAAUAUGAAAAGAAGUUCUAGCUUCAUUUCACCCUGAAAACAAUGUGUUUAAACAGCUUCUCCCUGAUGUUUAAUGCUGUACAGCUUUUGAGUUGCAGUUCACAUUGCUUCUGUUUCUCUCAGUCUAACAUUGCUUUUCUUUAAACUCUAAACCAAAACAUGUUUCUGCACAGGAACCGGUGACUGUCCAGAAGGGGUUUUUGAAGUGUAUUGCACGAUUUGUGUUUUCUUUAAGAUUAUUGAAUGUUUUUACACAGAUUAGUUUUUAAUAUUUUAAAUGAAUAUUUUCAUUCUGUGUGCUUACUUGCUAUUUUGAAAUGUGUGUUUGCGGUACUUAAAAUGCAUUUGGUUUGCUGUGAUGGCACUUUGUGAAGCCCUGGUCAUGUCAUGUUUUCCUGACUUCACAUCAGGGUCCAGGUCAUUUAUUAGUAAUGUGGUGUUACAGGGAGUGAAUCAGAUGCUGUGAUCAUCAAAAAAAUAUCCCACAGGGUGUAUCCAAAGAAUUAAAGUGUUUUAUGAUGAAAUGUGAUCCUCUCUGUCUGCAUGUUGUUGCUGAGGGGUUUCAGCCUUCAGCUGCAAGAGAGGAAAUUUUUUGGAUGAAUCACUGAGGUCAGUUUCUGGGCUUGACAAAUGCUACGUGAUUUGGUUUUAUAUGUGGUUCAGCCAGACCCCACUGCCCCAGUGGACUGGGUGUAUGAGUCAUGCAGUGUAAAACAAGUCUGAUCUGUAUCUGUCUGUGUAGGUGUCAAUUGGAACUAGCUUUGAUUACAUUAUGCAUUCAUUUGUCUGGUGGAGAAACCUCCUUCCUAAAAUACCGUCAUGCAGUGAUGUCAUUUUUGCACAGUGACGGGGAUCACUGCAGCGCUGCCAUUGGCUCUUUGUGAUGAGUUUGUAGCCAAUGCCCGGCUUCAUCUGUCUACAGACUUGUUGCUGGAAUGUGUUUUCCACUUGAGGAGCCUGGGAGGACUAUUAUGGGGUGUAUCUGGCUAUUGUAUGGGUUACAAAACAAAUUAGAUGAGUCAUAGACGGAUUCAUCCACAUGGAUGAUGUCAGCAGCAUGCAUAUUUCAGAUUACGUGACAGCAUGAGGCUUGGGAAGCGUCUCUUUCUCCCACCUUUCCUAUGUCAUCACCUUGUAGAUGUAAUUGCCACUGAAGUAAUGAACCUGAGACAGUGAGCAGAGCUGUAUGUGCAAGCAUUAAUGUGCAGUACACAAUACCUGUUUAUCACACCCACAGCUUCCGACUGCCAGGCUGGAGACAUUAGCAUACAGAGCUAUGAUUGGCACACCUGGUGCUAUGUGUGUGUGUGUGUGUGUGUGUAUGUCCAUCCGUGUAUGAGUGGUGCGUCGGUGGCGCUAUGAAUGGGCAGAGAGGGGUGUGCUCUCACAGACACCAUAGCAGCAGUGAGAUGAGGAGUGCCAUCUACUCCACUGCACGUCUGCUGAACUGAGAGAAGAAAGAGGUGAGAAAAAGGAGGUGAGUGUCUGAAUUUCCCCCCAGGCAUUUCUUUAAUCUCAUUUUUUUUUUUUAGAGGGGUUGGGGGGUGAUCGCUUCUUCUGCUUGUAGAUGUCUCUGCUUGCCCUUUCUCCCUCUGUCACUCCCAUCAUUCACCCUCUCCUCCUGUCUGUCACUCACUGCGUUUCUGUGCUUGAUUAAAUGUCUUAUGCUUCCCUGAGAUAAACCUCUUCAUCUCACUCACAGAAAAGCUCACAUUUUCAUUCAGAUUGAGUACUAGUUCUUUCCCCUAUCUCUGUUUUGUUAUUUACCACUCUCAGUUUGAGCUUAGCUUCACGAUUUAGUCUAUUCUACACUGUGGAAGAUAAUAAACAGGUUUAGAAUAUCUUGGAAGUGUUUAUUUUCUGAAUUCAAUCCUCUGCUAAUGGGAUCUCUGAAUGGGUACUCACUGUGCCUUUUGAGAGUCCUGCAGAGGAAUACAUAAGUGGUGUAAAACAAAACCUAUCCAUCAGAUCAAUGCUUGCACAUUACUGUGCAUUGGGAGAUUCUGCUCAGCCGGUGAAGGGCAGAGUCUGUGCUCAGUGUGCUGAAAGUGGAAAAUGAUAGUGGAUUCAUUAGCAUUGACUCAGUUACCAGGUGAGAUACAUAUGGCUGAGCUGUGAAUCAGGCAGGGAGCAGCUGCGUCUGACGACUCCUGACUAAAUUCAUCCAGCUGGGGGGAGUUAGGGUGCAAGUGUCUGUCUGUGUGUGUGUGUGUGUGUGUGUGUGUGUGUGUGUGUGUCACACCUGAAUGUGGCAGAACAGACAGUCCAUCAUCAUCAUCAAUUACAGGACAUUAUGUCCUUGCCACUUCAAGCUAUCUCAGUGUGCUCUCUAACCGGCUGCCGGUGCAGUCACUGCCCACAUGCUCACCUUGGUUCUCUGACCACCUCUGUGUGCAUGUGUGGGCUAUAACAGGCUCUGUAAUUACACAUAUCCUGACAAUGUGAGCUCCUAUGAUUAGCAUGUUCACUGGCACAGAUGUGGUAUGGUGACAAUGUCAUAUCAAGAGUUCAGUUUCACCUUUUGGAUAGUAUAGUGAUUAGUUGACGGGAAGACCAUUCAAGAUGACGUGCGAGAGGACAGCAGGAGCGAUGAUUUAUAUAGUCACAGUUUUCCAAAGGACAUCAUCCAUCUUAAACCUCCAUCAGUGCUGAACUUUGGAAAAAAAAAAGUCAGCCAUGGAGCAGAAGACAAAUGAGAGCCCCACCACCACCUCUCCUCAGAAGCACAUGAAGAACAGGUCCAAAUCCACAGAGGAGAUGCAACAGUCAAAGAAGGCCUUUUCCUCACAAAAGUCACUCCCAGGCAGACCAGAGCUGGACAGAGUGAAGGAGUGUCCCGAUGGCUCUGACGUGCCCUCAUCCUCCACUGAAGAACUAAAUAAAUAGGAUAAUAAAUCUGUCAUCAAGCUACAAGAUCAUCAUAAACACAACCUAAUACAUUAAUAAAAAUGUACAUAUGUACACAGGGAAACAUACAAGAUAUUGAGGAUAAUAGUGAACUAGAUUAGGAAAUAUGCAAGCAGUGAAGUGAUGAUUGGUUGAAGGAAACCGUAUUUAACAAAUGGUAAAUUUACAUACACACACAAACUCACAUACACUGAGAGAAUAAACAAAAUGACACCCAUAAUGAUGCUGUUUCAUUGUACUGUGAGUGUCAUAUACAUACCAAACUGAAUGUGUAUUGACAAUAAAGUGAUGCUGUUGAGUGAA